UGUAGCUCGCAAAGGAACAGCGAGCGGCUGGGGAUUUAGACUCGCACCGGGCAUCAGCGAGACCGGGCUGCAAUUUCAACCCACAAUCAGCGGGAAUUAAAACUAACGCUGCACCAAACUUCGGGAACAGAUAGGCGUGCUCCUAAACGAAAAAUCAAUUUCUCUCUUUUUGUGAAAUCAAGGUAACCAACAAAUUGAUCAGCGGGAGCCAACCCAAUAGUGAAUACUCGCAGACAGUAAUCGGCUGGGGUACCAUCAGUGAAACGUGUUGCUGUUUUACCGUGAUGAGUCAUCCUGGAUGAGGGAUCUAAUAGCGGAACACUGUGAAGUUCCGCUUGUACAGAAAGGCACUCGUUUCUGGUUCAGUUGUACCGACCCACCUCUCAGUAAAGGCCGGCAAGUUCUUUGUAAUGUCGAGGCACCCGGGACACUAUCCGUAACGAUCCCUAGACUCCAUCCACUGACCAGGUACUUGGAUGUGCGGGCGACGCGAGCCAUCUGUUGAGAUUUACCGGGACUGGAAGGCUAACGCCGAGACAACUUUCCAAGGAUACCAUGAGAAGGUCGCUUUGAAAUCCGGCCCGAAUUUGAUGGAAUUUUCUUAUUUUCUUUCGCACGUUGCGAAUGAUAAACUGCGGGCAACCGAUGAGUAUUUGACCUCCUCCCCGCGGUAGGGUUGAGAAGAGAACCGUCUUACUCACAAUGGCAUCGGAAGUAGUGUGUGGCCUGAUCUUCAGACUGCUUCUGCCCAUCUGUUUAGUUGCUGCAUGUUUGUUUCGAUACAAUGGACUAUCAUUUGUCUACCUCAUCUUCCUCCUCCUUAUUCCACUCUUCUCCGAACCUACAAGAAAGACAAUGCAAGGACAUACAGGCCGCUUACUGAAAACCUUGUGUUUCACAAGCCUCACCUUUCUGCUGCUUCAUGCCUUGUUUCAAAUUACCAUAUACAGCCUACAGGUCAAUAGCAAGAUCAAGCCAGGAUUCAAUUGUACGGAUUGGGAAAAGACCUUCAGACAGUUAGGAUUUGAAAGUGUGAGUGGGGCAGAUGCUGGGAAUAUUAUCAGACUCUUUGCUCCAGAUGUUGGAAUGUUUGUUGCUGGCUUGGCUACAUGGCUCGUCUGUAAAAGUUUAGUUCAGCAACCACCAACAGAGGACAUGGCACAGUACAACCCAGAGUUCCAGAUUGAAGAACCGGAAGAGGAAAAGCUUGAACUGGAUGAAGCUCUAAUUUAUGAGGAAGAUUCUGAAGUCACAAAUAUGGCUGAAGAAAUGGAAGUAGGAACUAGGCAAAAUAUUCUUCGCAGGAUAGCAACAUAUGCAUCACUAAUAAAAGAAUUUAUUGGCAAUAUCAUAACAACCACUGGAAAAGUAGUUGUUACCAUUUUACUUGGUUUAACAGGUAUAACACUACCAUCUCUGACCUCAGGUGUAUACUUCUUUGUAUUUUUGGGGUUAUGCACAUGGUGGUCCUGUGGGAAGCAGUUUGAUCCGCUGAUAUUCAGCUGUUUGUGUGUAUUGAUGGCUAUAUUCAGUGCAGGACACCUCAUUGGACUCUACCUUUACCAACUGCAAUUGUUUCAAGAGCUUGUCCCACCGGGUGACUUCUAUGCAAGGUUGUUUGGUGUAACACCAGUGAUUCAGACAAACUGCACAACAACGUGGAAGAUUAUAGCUAAUCCCAACAUGUCUUGGCCCCAACAUGUCAAUCCUGUAAUGCUGCUAUUAUUGUAUUAUACGUUGGCAACACUCAUCCGCCUCUGGCUUCAGGAACCUAUUGUAACGAAUAACCAAGAGGGAGAAAACAAUGAAAAUGAGGAAGAAGGAGAAAAAGACCUGCUUGGAAAUGAUUUACCAGUCACUGCUGAAGUGAGACGUAGUCUGUGGUAUUCAGCACAUUAUGCAACAGAUGAAAGAAGGCUCCUUACGAUUACCCAUGAUGACACCCCCUUCUCUGAAUCCUUGAUAACGACAGUGAAUGGGAAUCCUUCAGACUACAAUGGAGUGCAAGGUGAAAAUGGUCCGGUCUCACUAGAGAUGUACUCCACUCCACAAUACAAAUGGGAAGUGGGAAAUGUAUCUCCUGACAAAGAGAGGGAAGAAAGUAUUGUGGAAGAACCAGUUAACAGGAGACUCAACAGCCUUAUCACUAUUUUCCGUUUCAUUAUGAAGCAGAGUUAUAUUUGUGCGCUCAUUGCCAUGAUGGCUUGGAGUAUUACCUACCAUAGUUGGCUCACCUUUGUGUUGUUGAUUUGGUCAUGUGUACUGUGGAUGAUGCGAAACCGUCGACGAUAUGCAAUGCUCACAUCUCCAUUCAUGGUCUUCUAUGGAAACAUCCUGUUAACCCUACAAUAUAUCUGGAGUCUCGACCUUACUGAAGAUGAACUUCCUGAGCCAUCUGGAGUACUGAAAAAGAUGGAGACACCAUGCGUUGAACUCGGUUCAAAGAUCCUGUGUGCAUUGACCUUUUGGCUUUUGCUCCGUCAAUAUAUUACUGAGCGUCGUGAAGCUGAAAAGAACAAAGGAUCUCUCUUAUCAGAAGUCAAAGUGGAAGAAAGUGAAGAUAGCCAGCAAGGCAAAGAGAUAAUGAAAGUAUUAGGAAACCUGGUGAUGGGAAUGUUUGUCAAAUAUUGGAUUUACAUCUGUGGUGGAAUGUUUUUCUUCGUGAGUUUUGAGGGCAAGAUUGUCAUGUACAAGAUUAUCUACAUGAUGCUGUUCCUGUUCUGUGUGGCUCUCUAUCAGGUACAUUAUGAUUGGUGGCGGCGGAUCUUGAAGUACUUUUGGAUUAUUGUUGUCUCAUACACAAUGCUGGUCUUGAUCCUGGUGUACACCUAUCAGUUUGAUUCAUUCCCGUCUCUGUGGCAAAACAUGACUGGAAUGGAUAUUGAAAAAUUGAAGGACCUUGGAUUAGAGAAAUUCACAGUUGCGGAUCUGUUUACUAGCAUUUUCAUCCCCACAUCUUUCCUGCUCGUGUGUAUAUUGCACCUUCAUUAUUUUCAUGAUCGAUUUCUGGAGCUCACUGACCUUAAAGCAGUGACCAGCAAGCAGGAGAGCACUAUCUAUAGGUUAGUGAAUCAGGAUGGAAGCCUGCCUGAUAUUGGCAUGAUGAACAUCAACACCAGUUCUCAGAAAGAGGAAAGAACAGACGACAAAAAGACAGAGGAGGGUGAAGAAGAGGAGGAAGAGGAAGAUUGUAGAGAAGAAAGGACAAAUAAAUGGCACCUGGUGAUUGACCGUCUGACUGUGCUGUUCCUAAAAUUUAUGGAGACGUUCCAUAAACUACAAAUAAUGGCUUGGUGGAUUUUGGAACUUCACAUAAUCAAAAUUGUGUCAUUUUACAUCAUUUGGAUUACAUUGAAAGAGGUUUCCCUGCUGAAUUAUGUCUUCUUAAUCUCGUGGGCCUUUGCUUUGCCUUAUGUAAAAUUACGUCCUCUGGCAUCGAGCAUCUGCACAGUCAUGACCUGCAUAAUCAUUGUUUGUAAAAUGUUAUAUCAAUUAUCAUCUGUUCAACCUUUAAGCUACUCUUCAAACUGUACAAUUCCUCAACUCAAUGAGACCAAUGUAGAGAGCGCUGAGAGAUUGAACAGUUCCGUUCUCUACUCUAGCCCUGUGGAUCCCGCAAAUUGGAUUGGGCUCAAGAAGUCUUCUCCUCUUCUAGUGUACCUUAAGAACAACCUGUUGAUUCUCGCUGUUUUAGCAUUUGAAGUGACGGUCUAUCGCCAUCAGGAAUAUUUUAGACUUCGCAAUAAUCUUCCACCUCCAGUAACAAAAACGAUCUUUCAUGACAUCACAAGACAACAUCUGGACAAUGGACUGGUUGACUGUGCCAAGUAUUUCAUCAACUACUUCUACUACAAGUUUGGGUUGGAGAUAUGUUUCCUCAUGACAGUCAAUGUGAUUGGCCAACGGAUGGAUCUGUAUGCCAUGCUUCAUGCCUUUUGGCUAUUUGCAUUACUCUACCGACGUCGCAGGAAAGCCAUUGCUGAGAUCUGGCCGAAAUACUGCUGCUUCCUGGCGUGCAUCCUGACCUUCCAGUACCUGCUCUGCAUUGGCAUCCCACCCGCUGCUUGCAAAGAGUAUCCAUGGAGAUUUGCUAGUGCCAACAUUAAUUCGAACUUUAUUAAGUGGUUGUACUUUCCAGAUUUCAUCAUAAAUCCUAAUCCAAUGUUUCUUAUCUAUGACUUUAUGAUGUUGCUGUGUGCAUCGCUACAGUGGCAGGUGUUUGAAGAUGAAAACAAAGCCGCAGUGAGGAUCGUUGCUGGGGACAAUGUGGAGAUCUGCAGAGAUCUGGAUGCAGCGACAUUCAGUCAACACAACCCAGUACCAGACUUCAUUCAUUGCAGGUCUUACCUGGACAUGAUCAAAGUUAUUGGAUUCAGUUACUUAUUUUGGUUCGUGCUCACAAUCAUCUUUAUCACAGGAACUACCCGUAUCAGCAUCUUCUGCAUGGGUUACCUGGUUGCCUGUUUUUAUUUCCUACUUUUUGGUGGAGAGCUUUUAUUAAAACCCAUUAAAAUAAUUCUGCAGUACUGGGAUUGCCUUAUUGCCUACAACGUAUUUGUGAUCACAAUGAAGAAUAUUCUAUCUAUAGGAGCAUGUGCCUAUAUCAAUUCUUUGGUUUUGAGAGGUUGUUGGUUCAUCCAAACAUUUGGCCUCGUCUGUACUGUUAAGGGCUAUGAUGAGCCUCCUCCAGAGAACCUUAAGAAAUGCCCAUUGCCAAGUGGUGAAGCAGGCAUUAUAUGGGAUAGUAUAUGUUUCUCCUUUCUACUGCUACAGAGGAGAGUCUUUAUGAGUUACUAUUUCCUGCAUGUAGUGGCGGACAUAAAAUCCGCUCAAAUACUUGCAUCAAGAGGUGCAGAACUAUUUCAAGCAACAAUUGUUAAAGCUGUGAAGGCCAGACUCGAAGAGGAAAAGAAGUCAAUGGACCAACUCAAGAGACAGAUGGAUCGCAUCAAAACAAGACAGCAGAAGUAUAAAAAAGGCAAAGAGAGGAUGCUGAGUUUGACACAGUCAGUUGAUGCGCAGGGUAAUAAGGUGAAGCAGGAAGAUGAUGAUGAUGAAGGAGAACCAGAGAAAGAGAAAGCCAAGGGCAAAAAAAAGCAGUGGUGGCGACCCUGGGUUGACCAUGCUUCCAUGGUACGAAGUGGAGACUACUAUCUCUUUGAGACAGACAGUGAGGAGGAGAAUGAUGAAGAAGUCAGGGAAGAUGAAGAACUACCAAAGAAAUCAGGGUUCCAGAGAGCAGUUCGGAAAUUUGCAUCAGCCAUGAUAGCAUUGCCAAGGUCUAUCCUAAAACUGCCAAAAACCAUACUUCAGUUGGUAGCCAGAGGUGUAAAGUUCGUUUACCAGACUUGGAUGAAAAAUUCCAAAUCGGCAAUGAAGGAAAAAAGGAAGAAACGAGAAUUCGGUAAAAGAGAAACGGAAGGUCACAUUGCAAUUGAAUGUGAGGAGUCAGAAGAAUUACCCACGCCAGAAGAAGUGCAUAAACAAUCUAAUGGACCAGAUAAUGUUUUCAAGAGGGUGUUCAAUCUCCUGAAGUUCACUUGGGUCCUCUUCUUGGCUUUGGUGGAUAGUUUUACUAAAUGGCUAAAUUCAAUCUCAAAGGAAUGCAUUGAUAUAUCCACUGUCCUGAGGAUAGAGAGGUGCAUGCUUACAAGAGAAGUGAAGAAGGGAAAUGUUCCAUGCCGGGACAGUAUCCAUAAUUACUACAAGCAUCAGAUGAAGCUGAACAGUUCCCGGGAGUCAGGUCUGGACAGAAGUGAUAAUAGUGCCCGAUGUGAUGCCGUAGUUGUCCACGAAGGAACCCGAGAGCUGGGUGCUCAGAGAAUGGACAGCACAGACUCUGGAGCCUCUCGUGACAGCUUGUCCAGUGAGCCAACACAGUGCACCAUGUUGUAUUCACGUCAAGGGACCACUGAUACGAUUGAAGAGGUGGAAGAUGAGCAGGAUGAAGAAGCGACAGUGCCUGUUUAUACAACAGACACCAUGACUGAAGAGGUUCCUCCUUCAUACAGCAAAGCUGUGAGCCUUGAGCAUUUGAGCAUUAGCUCAGAUUCUGCUGGAGGAAAGCAAAUUAUGGCACUCACCCCAGAUAGCAAAGCGGAUCUACUUGAAGACCCUAUCUUUCCAAGUCUAAGCCAUGAACUAACAGCCAGUGAACUGCUUCUCAACAAGAUGUUUUAUGAUGAAGAGUUGGAAGACUCAGAAAAGUUCUACACAGCUCAGCCUCGGCCACUGCUGCUCUUCUUUGCCCUCUAUAAUACCCUGGUAGCCCGGUCGGAAAUGCUGUGUUUCUUUGUCAUUAUCCUCAAUCACAUAGUGUCAGCUUCAAUGAUUACCUUGGUACUUCCCAUCCUAAUUUUUCUCUGGGCUAUGCUGUCUGUUCCUAGGCCAAGCAAGCGUUUCUGGAUGACAGCGAUUGUGUAUACAGAGGUUACUAUUGUGAUCAAGUACUUCUUCCAGUUUGGGUUUUUUCCGUGGAAUAAAAAUUUAAGUAUAAACCGAGACAAACCUGACUUUGUCCCAAACAUUAUCGGCAUUGAGAAGAAGGAUGGCUAUGUGCAUUAUGACCUCAUACAACUACUUGCACUGUUCUUUCAUCGAUCCAUCUUAAAGUGCCAUGGUUUGUGGGAUGAAGAUGAAAAGAGUGAAAAUGCUUCUGGUAAAGAUGAGAGUGAGGAAGACCACAGAAAUGACUGUCAAAGGAAAAGCUCGCUUGGUUCUCUAAAGUCAAUUGAUUUACAAGCAUCCAUCGAUUCCAUUCACGUCCACUUUCCAGAACAGGCAACAGCCCGAAGAUCAAGUUCAACAGGUUCACAGAUCUCAAAUCGAUCAUCCCAUAGGUCACAAAGAGGAAGCAUAAGUACUCGAAACAGCAGCAGUCGGAAAGGAAGUGGGUCCCUCAGUGUUCAACCAAAGAACAAAAGAGAGCUUUUAUUAGAAAAGUUAAGAGAGCAAAUGAUAAAAGCAAAGGCCAUUAUCAUCGCCAAAAUACUUCAAAUCUAUUUCCCAAUAAGACAUUUCUUCUACAACAUCAUCCACCCAGAGUACAGUGCGGUGACAGAUGUCUAUGUGUUGAUGUUCAUGGCUGAUGUAGUGGACUUCAUUGUUAUUGUCUUUGGCUUUGGAGCGUUUGGGAAACAUUCAGCAGCUGCUGACAUAACAUCAUCCUUGUCAGAGGAUCAAGUGCCAGAGGCAUUUUUGGUGAUGCUGAUAAUUCAGUUUGGAACAAUGGUGGUAGACCGAGCACUCUACCUCAGAAAGACAGUCUUAGGAAAAGUUAUCUUCCAAGUCAUCCUUGUUUUUGGAAUCCACUUCUGGAUGUUCUUUAUCUUGCCAAGGGUGACAGAGCGAAAAUUUAGCCAGAACUCAGUUGCACAGGUUUGGUACUUUGUUAAAUGUGUUUACUUUGGAUUGUCAGCAUAUCAGAUACGUUGUGGUUACCCAACACGUGUCCUUGGUAACUUUCUGACUAAGAGCUACAACUAUAUCAACUUGUUCCUGUUUCAAGGAUUCCGACUGGUGCCUUUCCUAACUGAGUUAAGAGCAGUGAUGGACUGGGUCUGGACAGACACUACCCUUAGUCUUUCAAGCUGGAUCUGUAUAGAGGAUAUUUAUGCCCAUAUUUUUGUUUUGAAGUGCUGGCGUGAAUCCGAAAAGAGAUACCCUCAGCCACGAGGGCAGAAGAAAAAGAAGGUCGUAAAAUAUGGCAUGGGUGGUCUCAUCGUCUUUUUGUUAAUCUGUAUUGUGUGGUUCCCGCUCCUUUUCAUGUCAUUGAUAAAGUCCGUUGCUGGUGUGACAAACAGACCUUUGGACGUUUCUGUUACAAUCACCAUCGGAGGCUAUCAGCCCAUCUUUACAAUGAGUGCCCAGCAGAACCAGCUGCAAGAUUUGGAUCAUUCUGAGUACAAUAGACUUUUAAAGGAAUUUCAUGAUAAUUCUGGUGCUCUGCAGUUCCUGGAUGCCUACAUGAAAGAAGACAUUCUGAUUGCAAAACUUGAAGGAAAUUCAAAUUCUCUUUGGACCAUCAGUCCACCAAGUCGAUCUAAGAUGAUAGAAGGAUUGAGUGAUAACAAAUCAUCUGUCUCCAUUGUUGUUGCUUGGUCUAUUCAAAGGAAUAUCACUCUUGGUGGAAAAUCUGAAAUUGCUUCUAAUAAAUUAUCAUUCCCUGUUCAUGAAGAUACCAAAACUGAGCUUGCGGAGUUGAUGGAAGGUGGCAACAAAUCUGUAAAAAUUUCAAAGAUCUUUCCAAACUAUAUCAGGGCUCCCAGCAAUUCUGACACAAAGCCUGUGAAACAACUUUAUGCUGAUGCUGGUGCCUACUGUGAACUUGAUUUAAUGCUGGUUCAGGAAAAAAGCAAUGUUACAGGACUCAUACAGGAAUGGUGGAUUGUUAAUCAGACCAACAAGUUUCUCAAAAAUAAUAAAAAGGAAAGUUUAGAAAUUAUUGUAUUCAGUGAUAAAGUUAGUCCUCCAAGUCUUGGCUUCCUGGCUGGCUAUGGCAUUAUGGGUCUCUAUGCAUCAGUUGUGCUCGUCAUUGGAAAGUUUGUGCGUGAGUUCUUCAGUGGGAUCUCUCACUCCAUCAUGUUUGAAGAGCUGCCAAACGUGGACCGAAUCUUGAAGCUAUGCACAGAUAUCUUCCUGGUUCGAGAGACUGGAGAGUUAGAAUUGGAGGAGGAUCUGUAUGCUAAGCUCAUCUUCUUAUAUAGAUCACCAGAAACUAUGAUCAAAUGGACACGCGAAAAGACGAAGUGACCAAUCUUACUGAUCUGGAUGUAAAAUUCUAAUUUGGAGAUUUUUUAAAAAAAAGCACAAUAUCACAGAAAAGCCGAGUUAUUCACAGUUAGGUGACAGGAGCUUUUCCUUCUGGAGCCCAGGCAGUUGCACGUUCCUCAAGUCCUCUCUGCCUACAGUCUCCCUCUGCUGACUGUGUAAGACUGGUGUUUAUGCCACCAGUCAGUCCUGGUUAUGGAGUUGAUUCCAGAUCGUAGCUGAAUCCAGUUUCUUUUCACUUUCAGCCAACCAAAAUCAGGGCUUCCGAAAUGCUAACCUUCCUUACAGAUAUCAUCUGUAUCAAUCCUUUGUAUUUUCUUUAUGAAUUUUGAGCGAUGCAACUUUAUGUCAAUACCACCCAGUUUUCGGGGAAGAAGACCUGGAGUGAUUCGAUAAUGGCCAAUGAAAGAAGAAAUCAUCAAAGAUUAAGGACAUCACAGGUCUCCACUGAUGAAUGAAUUUACUGACGAGCUUAAGCAAGGGAAGUAAUUUAACAAUUUAUUUUACAUGACUUAUUUGUACAGGCAAUAGAAAAGUAUCACCUUAACAGUGAGCUUUCUCAGGAAGAGUUAUUUUAUCAAAGGCUUAUCUGUCUUCUGUAUCUUCAAUAUCUUAUAAAACACAAAACAAAGUGGGUGGACAUUAACGCUUCGAAACAUACUUCUAGAUAAAGGCUCCUGUGGUACUCACAAAAGUACUUGAAACCAGAAGUCACCAAAGUGUUCAGAAUUUACUUGAACCUCUGAAGGGCAAAUCUUUCAAUAGCUUUUCUCUUUGAUUAAACUGAAGCUAACUUAACUUUUUUCUUAAUGAGCCCACAGUGUCAAUUAUUUUGAUAGGAAGACUCCAAUCAUAAUUAUGUUUCAUCUCCUUUUCACCUAUUCCAUUUGUCUGGUGAGAGCCUGAGUGAUGUGUUUCUAAUUGUUAUGAUGACCCAUCUUCAAUCAAUUAUUGGAAUAUAUGGUGAUAUAUUCCAAGGUGAUAAUUUGCUGAUUUUCUUACUGGGAACCAUGUGGCCUCUUCUAAUGGAUAUUACCCAUGACAGCAUAACCAGUAUCAGGAACUUGCUUAUAGAGGUUUGAUGGGCACAUUCAUGUGCUUUCACUCGAGCACAGUAAAGUGGAUUUAUCUUGUGUCACAGCAUUAGAAUAAAUAAUAACUGGAGUCAAUAUAAAAAGGAUAUUAUGUAACCAAUCAUAUUGCAUAAUAUUCUGAAAAAUAGACUGCCUGACUCUUGGAUAGAAGAUUUACUUGGCUUAAAGUUUGACUUUUCUCUGCAUAUUUCCACAUGCAAAUUGUUAUUGCUACAAUUUUCAAGGUAACUAAAACCCUGAAAAGGGCAAAAUAUACAUGUAUCUUAAGAUUUAAUUUUAAUCUACUUACCUGAAUGCAAACAUGUUGAAGAUUAAUAUGACUGUUUUGGUUUAGAAAUAAUGAUGUAUUUCUAAGGAUUAUAUUAUUGAUGAGUAGAACUAUAGCACAAGCACAGACCCAAAGUGAGAAAACUUUUAAAAACAGACAAUUACAGUGAAGGUUACUGCAACCAAAAAGGAAUUGUAUGUGUAAUUUGUCAUGCUUCCUACAGGGUAGCACUGGCUCAUUACCAAUGUGGCCAACUAUUUUCAUGUCAGUUAUUGGUCUCUGACAACUAUUAAACAUUUGUAUUGUUAAUGUAAAGCAAGGAUUGAAACUUAACUUCCUCUUCGGCAGUUUUCCUACCUAAGGUAACUCACCAAAUAUUCCUGUAACUUGGUUGCACAAGCAAAUCCAAUUGGUGAAGAUUUAAUCAUUGUCUGGUUAUGUUGGGUUAAUAAUGUAAUUUGUCUUUGCUUAUGUCUGUCUCAUGGAGAUCUAGAUAAAAGUUCGGCAAUCACAGCAUUGUGAUUUCCAUGUAAGAAAAUGUGCUAAGUAAUUGAUCUAUAAUUUAGAAAACUAACACAGGGCUACAACAAGUUUCAAACAACCUUAAGGGUCAUUGUGUUAAAACCAAACAAAAACCCAAGUUAGCUUUCAAAACCCUUUAAUCUUGCAAUAAUAGUUUUAGAAACUGUUUUUAAGAUCACUUUAUAAAUUUGUUUGAAGAUGAAAAUAGCAUUCAUGAGUCAAUUUUUUUUUCAGAUACAGCUGUUUUAAGGAUUUCUCAUCUCUUGAAGUUCUGGUUGAUUAGAAAAUCAAAUGAAGAGCAAUGUCUUUCCCAUUCUACAAGUAGCUUGACUAUAUUUAUUGGAAGGAAUUGGCUAUUUUCAACCUAAUAUUGAUAGCCUAAGUCCAUGAUCCAACCUGCCAUACCAUGUGUAUUACAAUGGAUUAUUUUAAGUGAAAAUGAACAAUAAUAGUUGGUGCAACUAAGUUUUGUAUGACAAAGGAUAACAUUACCUUAUGGAUUUCAAUAUUAGUGUGUUAAGGUGUAUUUAUAUUUCAAGUUUAUUCAUGAACUUCUGGAGUACUGAAAUUAGUUUUAGAAAAUAUGCAAUAAGCUUUGCUUCUAGUAGGUUUGCUCUGUUUUUUUUUCUGAACUGGACGCUGUCUACCAGACCCAGACAAUUGUGACUCUACUGUCAACCGUUACCAGUGAAAAUAUGUCCCUUGUUUUAUAUUUGUUUCUAAAACAUCUCACAGUGAUUGACAUUUUCAAUAAAAUUUCAUGAAAACUGGG